AUGGCUGGAAUCAUGCAGGCCGAGAGUUCUGGGGUCCAUGCCGCCAGUCAACAACCAGGAGGGCAUCCUCUCCCCGGCCCUAGAAUUUCCCAUGGUGACCAUCGGUUGGUGGCGGCCGCGCGGGAUGGCGACGUGAAAAAACUUCGGAAACUUCUGCAGAAGCACGGGGUCAACGUCAAUGCUCGGGAUACGCAAACCGGAAACACGGCCCUCAUGGUCGCGAGCCUCGUUCAAGAUCCCGAUGCCAUAGCAGCAUUGCUAGAAGCAGGAGCCGACCCCACACUCCACAAUUACACCGGUCAAAACUGUUUGGAUUCACUCACGCCGUCGCUUGUGCAGUACGUGCUCCGAUCACCGGACAUAGUCGACUGUGCAGGCGUCAAAAGCGACGAGAAGCGUUUACUGCUCGCGGCCUGGAGCGGGAACAAGGAGCAAGUUCUCCGACUUCUGACGACCACCAGCGUCGACGUCAACUGCACCAACGCCGAGGGCUCGACGCCACUCACGCUUCUGUGUAGGGAUCUGGGAACAUUCACGGAACUUUAUGCAAAUCAAGUCAUCGACUCCUAUGACCCGUUGUCCGUCAUCCAAAUUCUGCUGGAACACGGAGUCCUCAUACAUCGGGACGUGAACCACCAGGACCGUCAAGGCAGGAGUUGCCUCCAUUACGCAGCUCACACUCGCUGUGAGCACACGGCUCCCGUUAUAGCGAUGCUGCUCCACCACGGAGCGAAAGUUGACAUGAAGGACAAACAUGGCUUCUGUCCAGUGCACUUUGCCUCGCAGUCUGGAUCUGUUGAAGCACUCCGUCUUCUGCUAGAUCACGGCGCGGACCCAAGUGCCCCUGGUCUGGGUGGCAUCACUCCGCUGCAUCUCGCGGCCUCCGCCGGGAAUACGGAGGCGGUUCUUCUGCUGUUGCAACGAGAUGCCGAUUCUUUGACGUUUGCGUCCGAUGGGAAAAGUCCACUCUGUUGUGCUGCCAAUCAAGAUGUGUACAACGUUCUGAGGAGGGCCGUCGAAGCCCGUCUCGCGUCCCCGGAAAAUUCGUCUCUUCGGUCCGAGAAGAAGAAACUGGCCGAACUGAUCCUUCAACAGAGCGGCCCGUCUAUGCUCCAACAGUCAGAGGAGGAAGACGACAGCUCAGAAACCGAAAGUCCCCCCAAUCUAUCCGAAGCUGAGGGAGCGGCCAGAGACCAACGAUACGACGGACACGAGGUCGCUCCCGACGACCUCAGACGACGUCUUGUAGAAGACGACAUCCAGCUCAUGAAUCAGGUUCAAAAAAUCCUUGAUGAAUCCGAAUGGGAGGAAAAGAGUUCUGCAGCUACCCUCGACCCCUCCGCUGCGUACCACCACCAGACGACGAUGCCCUCGAAUUCGGUUCUCGACCCGUCACCGGAAGUCGCGCAUCUGACGAUACACGACAAUCCACUGCUCGAUCCUGACGAGUGCACGGACGGACCGUGUUAUUCGGUUGCGUCGAAGAAAUCGAAUGGCGCCGACGUCCAGCCGGAGCUGCCUCCGAGAUUCAGUUCGGUCUCGAGACCUCGAGCCAAAAAACCGUCACCGCAUCUAUCUCGCAUGAAACUCGAUAGAGAGACGGCGGAAAGUUUAACUCACGGUCGGCACAGUCAAAUCGAUACGAACAGUCACUAUUAUUACAAAUUUCCCACGAGUUCGAUGGGGACGGCCAACGAAGGCGACAACGACUCGCUCUACACGAAGCCUGAGGAACGAGCGGCCAUCGUGCGACCUUCGAGACCUCCGGUGCAGCAGCCCAUGAAACUGUCAAUACUCAAACCGACUGCCGCAGCGUCUGCUGCCAAGGGAGCCCUACUUUCAAAGUUUCUUCCCCCAUGGGCUAAUCGUGCUAGUCAUUUGUCUUCUGCCAGCUGGGUUUAUUUGCCCCAAGUCAGUCCCGGUGAAUCGGGUGACGUGGCAUACAGUGAUGACGACGACGGAGCUUCGCCGUCGCCGCAGCCUCCGAUGGCAAUGAAUUCCGCAACGAUAGGAUCCAACGGUUCUGGUGACAACAUCGUCGUACCCCAAUUGCCCGCAAGGAGCAGCCUCUCCCUGACACGGAGGGACGCUAGGAAGCCCCCGAAAAAUCCCGUCUGCCCCGUUCCCGGUCUUCAGAAGGAUCCGGCUCAUUGCUCAGGAGCCGUUUUCAUUAAUCCGACGCGGGACUCAACUUCGAAUCUGGCUUCUCAGAUUCCUCCGAACGUCAAAGUUAUUGACGCUCCGCAAACGAUGAGCAACGCCCGUCGGGCGAAAGGCUCGACGGCAUUGAACAGUCGUCCUCUCGGCGGAAGUUUGAGGCCCACGGCCAAACCACAGGGUAUUCAUUCCGACCCGAAAAUGGCACCGCCCACACCGAAAUCUUUCCCCGAAAUUCCGGCUUUCUCGUCGGAUCCACCGUUCCCGUGGGUGAAGGGGAAACUGAUCGGCAAAGGCGCAUUCGGACUCGUGUGGUGCGGGAUGAAUUGCACCGGACAACUUGUCGCGGUGAAACAAUUCCAAAUACAAGAGCAACAGCAUACGGACGAGGUUCUUUCUGCGGUGCAAUUAGAGGUCGACAUCCUCCAGAGUCUCAAGCAUAUGAACAUUGUGGGCUUCCUGGGAGUUCAGCAGGACGGAGCGAACAUCAAUUUGUUUCUCGAGUUCGUUUCGGGAGGAACCCUCGCUUCGAAUCUCGCUCAGUUUGGCGCUUUUCCGGAGAGCGUAGUUCAACGCUACGCGAGACAGCUGUUCCAGGCCGUGGCUUAUCUCCACUCUCGGAGCGUCAUACACAGAGAUAUCAAGGGAAAUAAUGUCAUGGUCUGUCCGGGAACAGGAACCAUCAAAAUCAUUGAUUUUGGUUGCGCCACCUUCGAUCCCUCCGGGACCGAUCACGAUCGUCUAGCAGCUUCGGCACGCGGCACCCCAUACUGGAUGGCCCCAGAAGUGAUCUGUCAACAAGAAUGCAGCCAUAAGAGUGAUAUGUGGUCGAUCGGCUGUACGUUGAUCGAGAUGUUCCAGACGAAACCGCCCUGGUAUGAACUUUCGCCAUUGGCUGCAGCUUUCGCGAUCGGCCAGGGAACGUCCGAUCCCAAACUGCCCGAGCAUCUCUCGCAACACGCUAGAGACAUCACGAUGAAGUGUUUGAAUAGAACACCUUCCGAACGGCCAACAGCUGAAGAGAUCCUCGGUCAUCCAUUCCUCCAGACAGGCGACAUAGAGUCGAACGCUUCGUGAUCAAAUCGUUUCUGCUACUUUGAGCCGCUGUGUGAGGAGUCAGGUUGACACAGAGAUCAAGCAAUGUUCCUGCAGUCGACGCAUGUGAUCUGAAUACAUUCAAACAUUCAUCAGCACUGGGCGAGCUUACGAUAUUACUUAUGAUUUCGAUGACUGGUAGUCGUGGCUGGUGCAUUGAUUGAAUCACGGAAAGGAGUGAGAGACUACAUGAAGAC